AUGGCGCUGCAGGGACCAGCGGCAGACGUCUCUGAGCGCAUCUUCAACGAUCUCCGCUCUAAGCACCAGGACGUUAAGUACAGAGCCGCCAAUGAACUGAAAGAUUUGGUCACAGUCUACUCCAGAGAAUGGUCUCCCGAACGAUUCAGCGCCUUCUACGAUCGCGUAACUGCCCGCAUCUCUGGUCUCAUUGUACAAGCACCUGAUGCUAGCGACAAAGUCGGCGGAAUCAUUGCUCUCGAUCGACUCAUCGACUGCGAUGCAAUCGACGCUGCUUCGAAAGUGUCAAAGUACUCUAACUACUUGCGGUCCGCCCUGAAGAGCAACGAUGCCACAGUACUCGACGCCGCGAGUCGUGCCAUUGGCAAACUGGCACGACCAGGCGGUGCCUACACCGCAGAACUUGUCGAGGCCGAGAUGACAGCAGCGUUUGAAUGGCUGGGGCUGGAGAAUAAGCAAGAGUCCAGGAAGUUGGCUGCUGUGCUGCUCAUACGAGAACUGGCAAAGAACUCUCCAACCAUUGUCUAUGGUUUCAUCCCGCAGAUAUUCGAUGUCAUCUGGAACGCUCUCAGAGACAGCAAGGACCUCAUUCGAGACAUCGCCGCCGAAGCUGUCAGCGCCUGUUUUCGCAUCAUGAUUGCUCGCGACCAGCAGUUCCAAUCACAGUACUUUUCGAUGAUCUAUAACAAGGCAAUCGAGCUGCUACGAUCACCCAACAUCGACGACCUUCUUGGAGCGCUAUUGAUCCUUAAACAACUUCUCCAGCAGGGCAACAUGUUCAUGCGCGAGCACUAUCGCAAUGUCUGUGAUGUCGCUAUCAGAUUCAAGGACCACAAAGACCCCCGGAUACGGUCACAAAUCGUUCAGACCAUUCCAAUAUUGGCCGUCUACAACUCCCUCGAGUUCAUUAACCAAUAUCUUCACAAGUUCAUGAUCUACCUGCAGGCACAAUUGAAGAAGAGUGCAGAGCGUAAUCAGGCUUUCGUGGCUAUCGGUUCCAUUGCGAAAGCCGUAGGUAGCGCCAUGGCUCAAUACCUCGAUGGCAUUAUCCUCUACAUCAGAGAAUCGCUAAGCGCCAAGACCAAGAACCGCGCCACGGUCGACGAUGGACCAAUGUUCAAAUGCAUCAGUAUGCUCGCACAGGCUGUUGGCCAGACCCUCAGCAAGUACAUGGAGGCCCUUCUAGAUCCCAUCUUCGCGUGUGGACUCACGUCUCCUCUGGAAGAAGCCCUGCGAGAGAUGGCUCACCAUAUUCCGCCAAUUCGUGGUAACAUACAGGACAAGUUAUUGGAUCUGCUGAGUCUCAUUCUACUUCGAUCGCCAUACAGACCGCUCGGGUGCCCGCCUUCAAGAAAUCCACCAUUACCUGCGUUCGCCAAGGAUUACGGCCCAAUGCCUGUGAACUACAGCGACUCUGAGCUUCAUCUAGCUCUUGUCACCCUCGGUCACUUCGACUUCUCCGGUCACAUCCUCAAUGAAUUUGUCAGAGAUGUGACAGUCAAAUAUGCUGCCCACGAAAAUGCCGGUAUUCGCGUGGCGGCUGCUGUGACCUGCUCACAGCUCUUUAUUCGAGAUCCCAUUUUGAACCAAAAAGGCAACACCGCGCUGCGGGUUGUUGGCGAAGUUGUCGAUAAGCUCUUGACAAUGGGCGUUGGUGACCCUGAUCCCAACAUCCGAGCACGUGUGCUCCACGCGUUGAGUGAGCGUUUCGAUAAACAUUUGGCACGACCUGACAACAUUCGAUGUCUCUUCUUGGCCGUUAACGACGAGGUAUUUGCUGUCCGUGAGGAAGCUGUGGGUAUUAUUGGUCGGUUGACGACUGUCAAUCCAGCCUAUGUCUUCCCGCCGCUACGAAAGCUACUCGUCAAUCUGCUGACUGGGCUGGGAUAUUCCAAUACUCCCAAGCAGAAGGAAGACAGUGCGAAGUUGAUCAGUUUGUUCGUCAACAAUGCUACGUCACUGGUACGCACAUACGUGGAGCCCAUGGUCACUGCUCUCUUACCGAAAGCCGCAGAUGCUAACCCUGGUGUGGCUUCUACGAGUAUCACUGCACUGGGCGAUCUGACUAAAGUUGGUGGCAAUGAGAUGCGGGCUCACAUACGAGAGCUGAUGCCACUUCUUCUGCAAGCAUUGCAAGAUCUGGCCUCUCAGGAUAAGCGAGACGCGGCCAUGCAGACUCUGGGCAAGCUCGCGGUUAAUUCUGGCUACGUGAUUGAGCCUUACAAGCAGUACCCUGAGCUUCUGGGCAUUCUGAUUAACACUAUCAAGACCGAAGCCAAUGAGAAGCUCCGUACCGACGCCAUCAAACUCGUCGGCGUGCUUGGUGCGCUCGAUCCGUACGACUAUCAGCAACUCACAGAGUCCGUUGCCGAAAAGCAGAGCAAGACCGAAGAGCCACCUCUGACAGAUGUUGGGCUGAUCAUGGAGGGCAUAACUCCUUCGAAUGAAGAGUACUAUCCACAGAUCGUCAUCAACACCCUCAUGCACAAUAUCUUGGCGGAUCCGACCCUCAUACAGUAUCACAGUCUUGUGAUUGACGCCAUAGUCACCAUCUUCAAGACGAUCGGCAUGAAGUGUGUCCCAUACCUGGAUAGGAUUCUUCCAGGCUUUCUUGGCGUCAUGCGGAGCUCGCAUCCAAAUAGGCUCGACAACUACUUCAAUCAGCUUGCGAUCUUGGUCAACAUCGUUCGACAGCACAUCCGUGUGUACCUACCAGACAUCAUACCAGUGAUGCGCGAGUUCUGGAACGUCUCGAGACAAGUACAAUCCACGAUUUUGCUUCUGAUCGAGGCAAUCUCAAAGGCACUGGAGGGCGAAUUCAAGCGCUAUCUGGCUGGUCUCCUUCCUCUCAUGCUCGGCGUUAUCGAGACUGAUACCGAUGUUCGCCGCGAGUCCUCUAUCAGAAUGCUACAGACAUUCCUGAUCUUCGGAUCUAGUGGAGAAGAAUACAUGCACAUGAUCGCGCCAGCCAUCGUGGGUAUGUUCGACAGCGCUACCGCUCCUGCGAAUGCUCGACGACAGGCAAUCGAGACCCUCGCGAAGUUGUCACGUCUGGUGAAUUUGACUGACUUUGCCUCGCUCAUGCUGCAUCCUCUUGCCAAGAUCCUCAGUUCUUCAGAAAAAGUCAUCACCAAUUCUGCGGAACGAAGUCUGAAGGCUACUGCGUUGGACUGCGUCUGUGCACUCAUCUAUCAUCUCGGACACGAUUUCAUCCAUUACUUGCCUCUCAUUGAGCGUGCCACAAAACUUGGCCAAAUCAAUUCUGAGCGCUACCAGAAGCUCAUCGACAAUCUGAGGUCGGGCAAGCCUCUGCCAGUCGACCUGUACCCCGAGGAACAAUACGGCAACCUACCUGAAGACGCUUCAUACACCAACAUCACAUCUAUGAGAUUGCCAGUCAACCAGCAGCAUCUCAAAACUGCGUGGGAUACCUCACAAAAAUCAACAAAAGAUGAUUGGCAGGAGUGGAUGCGGCGUUUCAGUGUCGAGCUGCUGAAAGAAUCACCAUCGCACGCAUUGCGGGCAUGCGCCAGCCUUGCUGCUGUAUACCAGCCCCUGGCUCGAGAUCUUUUCAACUCAGCAUUUGCGUCUUGCUGGACCGAAUUGUACGAUCACUAUCAGGAGGAGCUGAUUCGGUCGAUCGAAAAGGCCCUGACUUCAAGCAACAUACCGCCGGACAUCUUGCAGACACUUCUCAAUCUUGCUGAGUUUAUGGAGCACGACGACAAGUCAUUGCCGAUCGACAUCAGAACGUUGGGCAAACAUGCCGCGAAAUGCCACGCCUUUGCCAAAGCUCUGCAUUACAAGGAGCUAGAGUUUGAACAAGACCAAAACAGCCAGUCUGUGGAAGCACUGAUUAGCAUCAACAAUCAGCUCCAACAGUCAGAUGCAGCUAUAGGAAUCCUGCGUCGCGCUCAGGCUUUUGGCGAGGUCGAACUGAAGGAAGUCUGGUUCGAGAGACUGCAUCGUUGGGAGGAGGCGCUCGCCGCUUACCAGAAGCGUGAGCUCGUUGACCCGAACAACUUCGCUCUGACAAUGGGCAAAAUGCGCUGUCUCCACGCCCUUGGCGAAUGGAAGACGUUGUCAGACAUCUCGCGUGAACAGUGGGGUCUUGCUAGCCCAGAGCACCGUCGAGAUAUGUCCGCUCUUGCUGCUGCAGCUGCCUGGGGUCGUGGAGAGUGGGAUAGAAUGGACGAUUACAUCAGUGUAAUGAAAGAUGGCACUGUUGAUCGCGCCUUCUUUGGCGCCAUUCUCUCGAUUCAGCGCAACCACUUCGAGGAAUCUGAGAAGCAUGUCGCCAUGGCUCGCGAGGGGCUCAACUCGGAGCUUACCGCGACGAUUGGCGAGUCGUACAACCGAGCAUAUAACGUCGUCGUCAGAAUCCAGAUGCUUGCAGAGCUGGAGGAAAUCAUUUCCUACAAGCAAGAAGACAACCCAGACAAGAAGGAGGCCUUGAAGGAGCUCUGGAACAAUCGUCUCUUGGGCUGUCAAGCUAACGUCGAAGUCUGGCAGCGCAUGUUGAAAGUCCGAGCUCUUGUGCUUCGCCCAGAGGAGAACCCCGAAAUAUGGAUCAAAUUCGCCAACCUUUGCCGCAAAUCAGACCGUAUAGGACUUGCCGAGCGAUCCCUCGUUAGUCUCGGGGGUGUAAUGGACAACGAAAUGGGUGCGCCGCCAACCGUUGCUUAUGCUCGACUCAAGUUCCUUUGGGCAACAGGCAGCAAAUCUGAUGCUUUGGCUUCUCUCAAAGACUUCACUGCCCGUAAGGCGGAUCAGUAUGCUUUGAGAAGCACGAGACUUCACCAAGCUGCUCAGCAACAUAAUGGCAUUAACGGCAUGGAAACUGUUGCGAGCGAAAUCAUGCUCGCCAGAAGGAGGAAGAGAGCAUUCACCAACUUGGAAAGCUACUUGCCAAAGUGGACUGCGCCAUCGGCACGAGAAGCCGCGGAUGAGAUCCUCAAGUCAUACGAGGCCGCCACUGAGUUCAACCAGAGCUGGUACAAAGCCUGGCACGCCUUUGCUCUGGCCAAUUUCGAUAUUGUCACCAGUAUGGCAUCUCCUGCCGACCAAGAGCGAACACGCCCGCUGCCUGACCACAUCAUUCACACUCAUGUUGUACCAGCAGUAAGAGGGUUCUUCCGGUCUAUCAAGCUCUCCAAAAACAGCUCACUGCAGGAUACACUUCGAUUGCUGACCCUCUGGUUUGCUCACGGCGGCCAUGCCGAAGUGAACACUGCAAUCAUCGAAGGCUAUACCGACGUGCCCAUCAAUGUUUGGCUGGAAGUCAUUCCGCAGCUUAUUGCGCGGAUCAAUGUCUCAAAUAACCGUAUCCGCGGCUCGAUCCAUCGAUUGUUGGGGGAGAUCGGGAAGAUCCACCCUCAAGCCUUGGUCUACCCGUUGACCGUGUCGAUGAAGACUUCUGCUGCUCGCCGCGCCAACUACGCGUCUCAGAUCAUGGAGGGCAUGAGAACUCACAGCAAGACUCUAGUCGACCAAGCCGACCUCGUCAGCCACGAGCUCAUUCGUGUUGCUGUUCUUUGGCACGAACUCUGGCAUGAAGGUCUAGAGGAAGCAUCGAGGCUCUACUUCGGUGAUCACGACACCGAGGGCAUGUUCACCACCCUUGAGCCGCUUCACAAGUUGCUUGAUCGAGGUGCUGAGACGCUGCGCGAAGUCUCUUUUGCGCAGGCUUUCGGGCAUGAUCUCGCCGAGGCUCGCAGCUUCUGCAACAGCUAUCGCAAGAAUGGCGACAUUGGCGACCUCAACCAGGCUUGGGAUCUGUACUACUCUGUGUUCCGCAAGAUUGCACGGCAGCUUCCACAGCUCAUCAAUCUGGACCUCAAAUACGUCUCGCCUCGUCUCAAGGACGCGCAUGACCUCGACCUUGCCGUACCGGGUACUUACCAGAUUGGCAAGCCCCUCAUCCGUAUUGCGUACUUCGACCAUGUCCUCACGGUCAUCCCAUCCAAACAACGCCCCCGCAAGAUGACACUGCGAGGCUCCGACGGUGUGACCUACACAUACCUGCUCAAAGGCCAUGAGGACAUUCGUCAGGAUGAGAGAGUCAUGCAGUUGUUCUCCCUUGUCAACACCCUUCUUGGAACCGACACCGAGUGCUUCAAGCGCCACCUCAAUAUUCAACGUUUCCCGAUCAUUCCAUUGUCACAGAACUCCGGUCUGAUUGGAUGGCUGCCCAAUUCUGAUACUCUGCACAACCUAAUCAAAGAGUACCGCGAGUCUCGACGCAUUCUCCUCAAUAUUGAGCACCGCAUAAUGCUGCAGAUGGCUCCUGACUACGACAACCUCACCUUGAUGCAAAAGGUCGAAGUCUUCGGGUAUGCCAUGGACAACACCACCGGCAAAGACCUCUACCGCGUCCUGUGGCUCAAGUCGGCCUCCUCUGAAGCUUGGCUCGAGCGCCGUACGAACUAUACGCGGUCUCUGGCCGUGAUGUCGAUGGUCGGCUACAUCCUCGGUUUGGGCGAUCGCCAUCCCUCGAACAUAAUGCUCGAUCGCUACACCGGCAAGGUCAUCCACAUCGAUUUUGGUGACUGUUUCGAAGUCGCGAUGCACCGCGAGAAAUACCCCGAGCGUGUCCCCUUCCGGCUCACUCGCAUGCUCACCUUUGCAAUGGAAGUCAGCAACAUCGAAGGCUCUUUCCGCAUCACGUGCGAAAACACCAUGCGCGUCAUCCGAGAGAACAAGGAAUCCCUGCUCGCGGUCCUGGAGGCCUUCAUCCACGAUCCGCUGCUCAAUUGGCGCCUCAACACCCGCGAAUCACCGCCGCGCACAAACUUCCGCUCUGAGCGACGGGCCAGUAUUAUGAAUGUUCCUGGAGGUCGAGGUUUGGGUGAGGAAGACCGCUCGCCGAUUGAGCAUGCACGUGAGCACCCUAUGCAGCCGCAUUCUCAGGUCGGUGCGCCGCCUGGCCGGCGUCCGAGACGAUCUUCGGUCUUGGAUGCGGGAUUGGUUGGUGGCAGCAUUCUCAAUGCGCAGGGUCCGGGUGGUCCAGAUGCGAAUGCACAGGAGCGAGAAGUGCAGAAUGCUCGUGCGCUGCAGGUGUUGGCUCGCAUCAAGGACAAGCUGACUGGGAAGGACUUUACGGCUAGUAGUGCUAGCGCGGCGAAGAUGGCGUUGGGUACGACGGCUCAUGCUGAUGCGAACGCGAACACGAACGGCAACGGCUACGUUGGUGCAGGUGCUAAAGACCACCACGCGAAUGGCGUCAAUGGUGCUGCUACCAUGGGCAUGAAUGGAACAGGAGCGAAUGGAGCUGGCGGGGUUCCUACUGCUACUGCUGGAGAGAUGUUGAUGGCGGAGGUGGGUGGGCUGGGCGUCAAUGAGCAAGUCGAGAAGCUCAUUGAGCAGGCGACUAAGGUUGAGAAUCUGUGUCAGCAUUACAUUGGGUGGUGUAGCUUCUGGUAG